AUUGAAUGCACAGUGUUUCCUGUCAUCUGAUGAUGCCGCUGUACAAGAUUUUAAACAACAUGUGCAGUCAGAGGUUAAUGUAUGAAAGGGCAGCAAGUCGCUGAGCACAAUGGAUAAUCUCCAAAAGAGGAAUCUAACUUUUCUUACAAUUGGAUUGAUAUUUAUGCUGAACGGCAUUGAGUACGCCGUCAUCCUGCCCACAAUAUGGAAGUAUCUCGAGAUUUUAGAGGCCCCCCCUUACUUCUUGGGCCUGGGUCUGUCGGCCUUCAGCCUGAGCGGGCUGCUCACAGGCCCGCUUUUUGGGUUGUGGUCAGAUCGGAGCCAAACUACAAAGUCCAUCGUCCUUUUCUCCAAUCUUUUUGAGAUUGCCGGGAACUUCAUGUAUUUUAUUGGGUACUCAAAGUGGCUGUUGAUAUCCAGUCGUCUCGUGGCAGGUGUCGGCGCGGGAGCGGGCUCCUCCAUCUUUGGUUUCCUGACGCGCAGCACCAAGCCGGAGGAGCGCGCCGGCAUCUUCGCGGCCAUCAUGGCCUGUCGACAGGCCGGCCUCCUCGUGGGGCCGGCAUUCAACCUGUUCCUACGGCUGUGUGAUUUCAAACUGGGGCCUUUUGUUGUGAACAAAUAUACAUCUCCUGGGAUCUUCAUGUGCCUGUUGUGGGUGCUGCUCCAGUUCGCCAUCCUGGCUCUAUACCGGGACGUACCACCCAUCGGCUCAGAGGAGGGCACGGCGAUGCUCGAGAUGAAACGGGAGGCUGGCGACGAGGAAGAGGUGCCGCUGAUUGGUUCUGACGAGGAGCCCCUGCCCACCUACAGAGCCGUUAACGCCGACCAAUUGGAGGCCUCCACCUCUUCUGGGAUGCGGCCCGUCCGCGGCGCUUCGAUUCUCGGCACCUGCCGAGAGCUCCUGAGAGAGGAGGUGGUUGUUCUCCUCACGGCUCAGUUCAUCACUCUCUUCAAUCAGACAGCGCUGGAGACCAUGGUGACUCCCAUGACGCAGCGCCUCUUCGGCUUUGGCGAGCUGAGCAACAGCCUGAUGUACAGCCUGUGCGGGGUGGAGGUCAUCCUGGGCUUCUUCUUUGUGCGAUGGCUGAGCAGGAGGGUGGCCGACCGCGUGGUCCUGGCCGCGGGCCUGGUCAUCUGCUGCAUCGCUUGUAUCUGGUGCCUCGUCUUCCUCUGCAACCCCCGAGGUGGAUAUGGAUGGGAGCUGUCGAGUUUCAUCAUCGGAGUGUUUCUGCAGCUGCUCGGGCUUCCCUUCGUGGCCGUGUCUCAGGUGUCUCUCUUCUCCAAAGUCACUGCCGAGAAAACACAAGGAUUCAGCCAAGGUGUUAGACGCUCAGUUGGGGGUCUGGCCACCAUCUUGGGUCCUUUGUGGGCUGGAGGACUCACCAAUAAUUUGUACAUAAUGUUGGGCAUGAUGCUAGCUCUUCUCGUAAUGAUCACAGUCAUGACGGUGUUGUCCUACGGCCGCCUGACCGAGCCCCGGGCCGUGCACAGCGCCCAGAGCUCUGACAGCGGAGGAUAGAGCUGCAGUGUGUGUGCGUGUGUGUGUGUGUGUGUGGAAAGACUUCAGAGAGCAUCCAUGCUCAUUGCAGAGGAAACUGUAUGAGUGUGGAAUAGAAUUGUUCAAACCCCAAUACAAUACCUCAGAACCUGUCAGAAAGGUGAUCACACAGGUAAAAAGCACUUUGUGUCAGUUGUCAGAUGGUAUUAGAAUCUUCAAUGCGCUUCCUAUCAGACUCUCCAUUAUACUUCACACAAGGGGGCACCAUUGCUCCCAUAUUGAAUAUUCAGUGGCGUAAUUGAAGAUGAAAGCAAUUAUUUAUAAACUGAACUAUUUAUAUUCCCAGGUGUUGAUGAGAGCUGUUUUUUUGUAUCUCCAUGUGACCCAUGAACAAGUUUUUCAUUUCUUGUCCCGCGCCUUUCUUCCUGCAAAAAAAGAAAUGAAACAGUUGACACAAUGGGUGCAGAAGUGGAGUUGUCAACAUCUAAGCAGCUCGGUGUCAGUGUAGCUCAUAGAAGAAGAGGGUCAAAUAAAGUGAAGCUUUAGAGAAUUUGUGAUAUUUAUUUGUAGUGUUGCCAUAAAACUGCAUUUCUAGUGUUCACACAGAGCCUUGGAUGUGACUAAAUGUGUGAUAGACAUUAUCCCAGAGCACAUUCCUGUAUAUCUAAUGUGCAAAUGAGCAGCUCAUGAAUUAAACCAAAUUGGACAAAUACUUGUUAAUUAGCCUGCUCUCUCUCCGUUGACUUUGGGGAGAUUUAAAGUUUAAUUGCCUGUAUUCAUAAUUCAAACGAUGACAAGGUGUAUCGUCAGCUGAUUUUUCCUAUGUUCUCCUCUAGGAUGUGCUGUGAGCUACACUUGAGAGGAGAGCGCAGUAAGCAACAUCAAGGCAUUGUAGAUUCCUUUUGUUCAGUGUAUAUGGUUUGGUUUGGGCCAAUCUCUGCCUUUUUGCUUAAUUGCAGAUAAGGCUCAGUAACCUUUUACAGUUUUCUACACCCAGCAUGUGAUAUUUGGCUUUCCAGAGGCUUUUUGCCUGAAAUGGAAAUUUUAAUCUUUGAGACUCAAGGAUAUAAUAUAUAUAUAAGUACUUUCAUGCUCUGAUCAGCGUAUUCAGGUACUUGACAUUUUAAGGGAGAUAACAGGGUGCAACAGAAAUCUGGUCAAGCCUGAAUUUACUCUGAUUGAACAAACUCUAUUUUUCUGCACGAUUAUUUCUGUGUUCUUCAAGAAUCAACAACCUAAAUACCCAAAAGCAUUUCACAGCCCCUGAACGGUUGCAUUCAAAUCUUCCAUUUUCAUCUAUAAUGCUAAAUAUUCACGACUAAAUUGGAAUCAAUGUCUUAAAAAGGGCUGUAAAAAUGAUAACCGGAACAACCAGCAAAAAUACAUUGGAGAAAGAAUGAUUUGAUUAAAGAAAUGUCUGACGUGACAAAAAAUCCUUCAAUCUUUGGCAGAAAAUAGUGCGUUCUUAUAGGACCCCAUCGCUAAUAGCAAAAUGCUAAUAAAUAUAUUUUAGGGCCUUUUAGAGAGAUUGCAUCAAAGCUUUGUUAUAUAACUCAUAAAAAGGUUUUUCUGUGUGGUACCGGACCAACAACUUCUCCUCCACAUCGUGAUGAUGCUGCUUUCACACACAAGACUUUAUCAGUGCAGUCAGCCGUGCUCUGACUACUCUUCCGUUUCAGCCUAUAGAGGCGGCACGCAACCCCCCCGAAGGGCACAAGCAGAGAAGGCCUUGGGCUUUUAUGUUAAAUAUACCAAAGGUAGGCACAGACGCACAACUUAUGAAAUUUUAAGGAUGCACGGAAAAACCAUUUGAUGCAUCAGCCAACAAUUAUUUGUUUUAAAGGACAGCCAAAAUGUGUCACUAUGGAGGUACAGUUUAGCUGGGAGGGGGGUGGUUGUGGAACAAAUAAAGGUAAAGUAGAGCUCUAGUGGAAGCAUCCAGAUGCUGUAGUACUACAUGAAUUUAAAAUGUCUCAGUCGGAUUUGUAUACUAACUUCAAGUCGGCCCUGUGCAGAACAAUGCCUUGGUUUAACAGUUAUUCAGUGUAAGGUGCUUUUCUUUGUCUGCUUGAUGCUGUACAAUAAACUCAACUGUGAACACUGAACAACAUCUUUGUCCACUUUAUCCAAGGCU